AUGGUGAAAGAAAAGUUACGUUUGUUGAAGGCUAGCCUGAGGAGGUGCAAUGACGAGGAUUUUGGAAGAUUUGAUUUUCUCAUUGAAGAUGGUAUGAGGGGGAUUAACGUAGCCGACAAUCUGUUUAAAAUUCGCAAGGAGGAAGAGAUUAUUGGCUUGGUUAAAGUCAGGAGUGAAGCUUCUAGUAAAAUGUGGUUGAAUAUGAAAGUGAAGAAGAAUGUGUUGUUACAAAAAGCUAGAGUGAGAUGGGAUAGAGAAGGAGACUUGAACAACAAGUAUUUUCAUUCUAUUUUGAAAUCAAGAAGAAGGAGGAAUUUUAUUGGUAGCAUAACUACUGACAGAGGGGGUGGUGGAGGAGAGGGUAUCAAAUUUAAGUCCAUUUCUACUGCUGAUAAGAGUGUUUUGGAAGUCCAAUUUUCCAAGGAGGAUAUUAAGGGGGCUGUUUGGGGUUGUGAAUGGUCUAGGAGCCCGGGACCGGAUGGUUAUAAUUUAUUCUUCAUAAUUUUGUCCAAGUUCUUGGCAGCUAGGCUGAAGUGGGUUUUGGGCUCAAUAAUUUCGGAAUCUCAAAGUUCUUUUGUUCCUGGCAGGAAUCUAUUAGAUGGUGUUUUAGUAGCUAAUGAGAUCGUCGAUUAUGCAACAAAGGAAAAGAAAGGUUGUUUGAUGUUCAACGUGGAUUUCGAAAAAGCGUACAGCAAAGUUAACAGGGGUUUUCUAAUGUAUAUGCUGAGAAGAAUGGGGUUUGGGGAGCUAUGGGUGAAGUGGAUGUACGCUCUAAUUUGUAAUAGUUGGAUGUCGGUCCUAGUUAAUGGCUACCCUAUGAAAGAUUUUGAGGUUAGCAGAGAUCUUAGGCAGAGAGAUCCCCUUUUGCUGUUUUUAUUUGUUAUCAUUGGGGAAGGUUUGAGCACGUUGGUUAAGAAGGCGGUCGAGGUUGACGUUUUUUCAGCUUUUAAUUUUGCAGGGAAUUAUGAUAUAAACAUCUUACAGUUCGCCGAUGACACUCUCUUGGUUGUUAAUAGUAACUGGAAGCAGGUGUAG